AUGUGCGGCGCAGCGACGUUACCAGAAUUGAGGGCCGCUAUCCAGUCAAUGCCACCAAACUCGGCUCCUGGUGCGGACGGCCUCACAGCGGGCUUCUACGCCACCUUUUUCGAGAGCCUAUGUGAACCGCUCCUAGCCAUAGUCAACACGGUCCUCGAGGGACACGCGAAACCUGCCUCCUUCGGCAUGGGGCGUGUAGUCCUCAUUCUUAAAGAAGGUGCACCGCCGAACGACCCUGCUUCUUGGCGCCCGAUCACGUUGUUAAAUGUAGACUACAAGAUCGUGGCGUCAAUCUUGAACAGCCGACUAAAGACCUUUCUGCCGGAUAUUAUUGCUCCACACCAGGCUUGCGCUGUCCCGGUCAGAUCAAUGUUCACCAACCUGACCACGACAAGGGACGUGUUCCAGUACGCUUCGGAGAAAAGAGUCACUGGAGCCUUUUUUUCACUUGAUCAGGCCAAGGCUUUCGAUAGGGUCAGGCACACCUACCUGUUCGAAACCCUGCGACAGUUUGGCCUACCGGCAACCUUUGUACAGGUGAUAAGGCUCCUGUACUCAGACCUCAGAGUCCUGGCCCUGAAAACCGCCCGCAUGCUCGCGCGUGCGAGCGAUUACCUAGGGCGCAACCUACUCCUCUACUGGAGUGGAGUGAAGCACGACUCGCUGGAUGCAGGCCGCCACACCGGGCCCUUUGCUGAGGCACCCGCGCCCUUCUAUAAAACGGCGUCGGCUACCUGGCGCAUGUUGAGGCAAGAAGUGCCCGAAGGCGAUGUGGAUGAGGACCAGCCAGCGCGCAUCGUUGAAGCCAUCACGCGGAAGCAGCUGAGCGACACUGAACAAAAACGAGCCGAGCGCGCGAAGCGCGAAUUACUCUCGCUCCGUUGCGGCACCCCCCGCUUCUGCUGUGCCGUCACCAUUCGACGCCUCAUCGUGCCUCGCUGGGUGCGCAACGGAACCGAAACGCCAGCCGUGCUCGACUGCGAGUACGUGUACAACGAGAACGACCUCAAGCUGGUCGUCAAGUGGUUCUUCAACGACGGGCCCGAGCCCGUGUACCAGUGGAUACCCGAGAUGAGGCUCCGGGAGGCGUUCGGCGUGCUGCAGGGUCGCCUGGACGACACGUUCUCCGUCAACUCGCGCGACGUCUACUCGCAGUACCGCGCCAUCCGCAUCCUGAGGCCCACCUGGGAACUCAGCGGCAAGUACACCUGCAUGGUCACGUCUCUCGCGGGUCAGGACGUCCGGCAUCAAGACAUGACCAUAUUCGUGCCAGCCAAGUCCUUUUCCUUCAACUACAGCAGCCCUACUCCUGGGUCCCCAUAUCAAUCCCGGUCGCAGACCGCGGAGAACGCCUUGAGGCUGCUGUGCGUGGCACGGGGCACCUACCCGAGGCCCCAACUGAACCUGUAUCUCAUCAAGGGUGCCAAGAGGAGGUCGGCGGACGAAGCCGGCUUCCGAACUUUCACAACAACCACUGUCGAAGAGGGGCUGUUCGACGUGGUCCUGCACGCCGAUAUGCCAGACAGCCAGCUCUCUUCGAUAGCUGAUCUCUUCGAGUGCGUGCUGGAAAUACCGCACAGCAACUACGCCAUGACACGUAGUAUGAGCAUCGCACAUGAACUCACGUGGGGAGCUUAUGGUUCUUCUGGAGCUUCGCGCAUGCCAGUCCUGUCGCUUUACUGCGUUGCCUUGACAAUAAGCAUCUAUAUGGUUUCCACGCUACACAGAGGCGGCGACCGUGGCGGGAAGCGCUACGUCAACAAGGAUAUCCCAAAGAGAAAAGAGGACACGUAGCGAGCGUGGCAACGUGCAACAAUCCACCACUGCAUUGUACUUGCGACGAGUUCUGGA